AAAGGCAAAGCUUGGAAAGUCUCAACAAAUCCCUCUGUUCACGAUGACGGAUCAUAACUUUUUAACUGACUUUGCUCUUGAAGGAAAAAUCCACAGUACCGAUUUUAUAGAGAUCUGGAUGCACUACGACAGUGACAGGUCUGGUUUUAUGGAACAAGAUGAAGUGACCGCAUUCCUUACAGACCUUUUCAAAAAGAAAAAAGGCUGUGUACCGAAUGAAGUAGUAAAUCAAGCUGUUCAACAACUUUUCAUGACUUACGAUACAAACAACGAUGGGCAACUGUCAAUGAAUGAGCUCUACACUAUUUUGGACGUCGAGGAUUCUAUAUUUGGAACUUUGUCACAUGUUGACGUUAUGGGAAUUGAAGAGUUUGACAUGCUGUUCAAUCACUACGAUAAGAGCGGUCGAGGUUUCAUAGACAGUGAAUCUGCUCUUUUUGCUCUCAUCAGUGAUAUGAUGAGAAGGAAUGGUGGAGAAAUUAGUGCUCUCGAGCUACAGCGAGUGAGAAAAGCAGUUCUAGCCGUCUGCGAUUCAGAUGGUAACGGUAGAAUUGACAAGAGUGAGUUACAACUGGUUCUAAAAGUAGCUAGCCAGGCUGUUAGAAGUAAUCAUGAUGAUGAUGUCAUUGAAGGAGACCCGCGAUGAUAUUACCAGACGAGCAAUAUACCCCUCCCUUCAACUUUCUCACUUUCUAAACAGAUGCGCCAGCUAGCGAUAUUUGAAAACUGGGACUGCUGCUUGCUUUUUAAUUUCUCGAUCUCGCGUUAAACUGGUGCAAAUACCGUGGCACGAAACUUUAUAAUAAAUACAGUCAAACUUUAUAUUUUAGUUCUAAUGUACCGUCACAAUAGUGACUUUAAUAUUAACUGCUGUUCAAAUAACAUGAACAUAUG